AUGCCUGAAUCACUUACAUUAGCGGUGUGUCAGUCGUACACCUUGAAUACUCUUACCGAAACGUUGCAUCAAUUACAACAGACUGCUCGCACAGCGGCUGACAAAGGUGUUGAUAUUCUUCUCUUCCCCGAGGCAUACUUGGGUGGCUAUCCGCGGACAUGCUCCUUUGGCGCAGCUAUCGGUAGUCGAUCGGAUGAAGGACGCGAACAGUUCUUGCAAUACUUCAAGAGCGCGGUAGAUCUUGGAGACACACCAGGAGGAGCUGAAGACGACUGGUUACAGAAGAGGUUGGCCAUCAAUCAAGAGACUGGACGACGAGGUGACGGCACAAGAGAAUUCCUGGAAGAUGUCGCACGCGAUACUGGUGUGUUUAUAGUGACUGGAGUUGUAGAGAAAGCUGGUGGUAGCCUCUUCUGCGCCGCUCUAUAUGUAUGUCCGAAGAGAGGUGUGAUAGGAAAGAGACGAAAGCUGAUGCCGACUGGGAGUGAGAGAUUGGUAUGGAGCCAAGGCAAAGCGGGUACAUUGAGAGCUGUGACUGCCACGAUCAAAGGUGUCAAAGUCGUUAUGGCAGCUGCGAUCUGCUGGGAAAACUUAAUGCCAUUACUGCGUUACAGUCUGUAUGCCCAAAACGUGAAUCUUUGGCUGGCCCCGACUGCAGAUCCACGAGAGAGCUGGGGCAGAGCGGCAGUUAAUGGUUCUGCAUCAGUAUCAAAUCGUUCGGAUACCAGGAGGAAAAGUGUGCCAACAAAAGAGAACAAUGAAAUCGCUUUACCACUCAGUGCAGGUGAGGAGCAGGUCAACGGAGGCUCGGCCGUGUCUGCUGAUGAACCAGAUGAAUACGUUUCACGCGGCGGAAGUUGCAUUGUGUCGCCCCUAGGCAACUACGUUCGAGAACCAACCUGGGAGAGCUCCUCAGAACUCAUCAUCGCUGAAGUGGACUUCGAAGAUUGUGUAAGAGGAAAGCUCGACUUUGAUGCUGCAGGUCAUUAUUCUCGGCUAGACCAAUUCAAUCUCAGCGUUCAGGGAUUGGACCUGAAUCCACCUGCUUAG